CGGCAGCCUGGUGGGAUGCUGGCGGAAUGUUUGAGGCGGGCUCUUUUGGGAGACCCAGGUGUUGGGACAACGUCCACGGGCCGCUAGUCCUUAUCGCUCCAGCUUUAUAACACAUCAGCAUUGCUCGGCGCUGAGCCAUUUUGGACACACGGUGCAGGCUGUACAGCUCGUCUCUCUUUCUCGCUCUCCCCCCUCUCCGUCUGCCUCUCUCACCCCGCUGCCGUGUGUAGAAGAAGCCCACACGGAAGUUGCUGGAUGGCAGCUCUUUUCCACAAGUUCACAAUGAGGACCGGCGCUUUUCUGCUGCUGCUCGCAGCUCUCACCUGCGGACAGCAGGCAGAGGAAAACGCACUGGAGGAGCUGGAGGUGGAGACCUUGGUGCAGCCUGAAACUUGCUCCGUACUUUCCAAAAUGGGAGACACGCUGCAAAUCCACUACACGGGUAAACUGAUGGAUGGCAAGGUGAUCGACUCCUCUCUGUCCAUGGACCCUCUUGUUGUGGAGCUGGGGAAGAGGACAGUCAUUGCCGGUCUGGAACAAAGCUUGGUUGGUGUGUGUGAAGGGCAAAAAAUCAAAGCCACUAUUCCAGCUCACCUUGCGUAUGGAAAAAAAGGUUACCCUCCUACGAUUCCAGGUGACGCUGCUCUUGAGUUCGAGGUGGAGGUGGUUUCGCUGACGCAGCAGACACCGUGGCAGAAAAUGGUCAACAACGUGUUCCCCCUUGUGUGUUUGGCCCUGGUGCCCACUCUGCUCGGCUUGGUGGGACUUUACCUCUACAAAAAGGCCAACACUGAGAAGCCAACCAAAAAGAAGGCAAAGGACAAGAAGAGCAAGAAGAAAUGAGGACAAAAGAACAGAACUAUUUAAAUAAAUUUUUUAAAUUCUA